AACAACGACAACCAUGUCGCUGAACAAGUCGCUACUGUUAGCCCUGUUGGGCCUCUUGGCCACAUUUGGAUUAAGUCAGGCGGAGCGAGUUCGCUACGACAACUAUCGCAUGUACAAGGCCAAUGCGGAGAAUGUCGACCAGCUAGCUGUGCUCAAGGAUCUGGAGGGAUCUAGUGACUCCAUCAUAUUCCUGGAUGGAGUUCACAUUGUUGGCGCUGAUGUGCAAAUGGUUGUUGCCCCACACAAGGUGCCUGAUCUGCUAGAGGUGCUGGGCAGGGCUGAGAUCAAGUAUGAGUUGAAGUCAAAGGAUUUCCAGAAGUCAAUGGAUGAGGUCGAGGAAAAAGUUGCCAUCAAGGGUCGCGCCGUUGAGGACUACAACUGGGCGCAGUACUAUGAACUGGAUGACACCUACACCUGGAUGAGAAACCUGGCCAUGAAGUACCCUCAAGUUGUCACCCUGAUUGAGGGCGGCAAGACCUAUCAGGGACGUUCAAUUCUGGGUGUGAAGAUCUCCAAGAGCCAGAGCGAGAAGCCCGGCAUCUUCCUCGAGGGUGGCAUUCACGCCCGCGAGUGGAUUGCUCCAGCUGCAGCCACCUAUAUAAUCAAUCAACUUCUGACCUCCAACGUGAACUCCAUCAAGGAGUUGGCCGAUAACUACAACUGGUACGUCUUUCCCCAUGCCAAUCCUGAUGGUUAUGUCUACACUCACACCAAGGAUCGCAUGUGGCGCAAGACUCGUACUCCUUAUGGCAGUUGUUUCGGCGCUGAUCCUAACCGCAACUGGGCCUUCCACUGGAACGAGGUGGGUGCCAGCAACAGCGCUUGCUCGGACACUUAUGCCGGUCCGUCGGCCUUCUCCGAGAUUGAGACCCGAUCGCUGUCCAACUACAUUGCCUCGCUGAAGGGCAAGAUCCAACUGUAUGUCUCCUUCCACGCCUACUCGCAGUAUCUCCUGUAUCCCUAUGGACACACCAAGAGUUUGCCCGACAACGUCAAGGACUUCAAGCAGGUAUUCAAUGCAGCCAUAUCGGCUAUCUCCAAGCGCUACAAUACCAAGUACACUGGUGGAAAUAUCUAUGAUGCCAUCUAUCCGGCAGCUGGCGCCAGUGUUGAUUGGGCCUAUGGCACUCAGGAUGUGCGCAUGUCCUUCUGCUACGAGCUGCGUCCCUCAUCUAACUCCUACAUUACAGGCUUCAAGCUGCCUGCUAACCAGAUCGUGCCCGCCAGCGAGGAGGUCUUGGACUCAAUUACCGCCAUGGUUGGCGAGGUCAAGAAAUUGGGCUAUUUCGAUUAGAGAUUUGAGAAAUAAACGACUCACAUUUUGGAGGCAUAGCCUUGCAUUAAA